CGAAAGGAAGCCACGAGACCCGACCCGAGCCAAAAGUAAGCAAAACCCAAUUCCCAUUUCUAAAAUCUCUCAUUUCAAAAAUUCAUCAACAAAUUUUAGGGGUUAGAUAAAUAGCUGAAGGGAAUCGGAGAAGGUGUUGCUUAUACGGUGAUGAUUGAUUCUUCACCAUCUUGGAAGCGUAGAAGGUUCAUUGCUGUUUCUCCUAUGGAAUCAGAAUUGGCUAAGGGGAGGCUUGCAGCUGCUAGAGAAAAGUAUGGACGAGAUAUCCGAGUGUAUGAAACAUCUUUAGCUUCUGCAACCCCGUCAAAUGUCUCUGAUAUGGAAGAGACAGAUGAGUUUUAUGAGUUCACAGCAGAGGAUUACUUCCGGGUUUCGGCUACUAAAAAGGAAGAUAAAUACUUGAAGACGAAAAAGAUCCGGGACGCAGAGGAGGCUGCUCGAAGAUCAAGGAUGACAAAGGCGGGGGUCAAAGUGCGUUUCCCUGACAAUCUUACACUAGAGGCCUCAUUUCAUCCAUCUGAGACAAUGCAAGCCUUAUUCGAUCUCCUGACUAAAGUUGUUGCUCGCCCUGAUUUACCGUUCUAUCUAUACACCACGCCUCCAAAAAAGCAAAUAAAGGAUUUGUCCCAGGACUUCUAUUCUGCUGGCUUUGUACCAGGCGCAAUUGUGUACUUUGCAUAUGAGGUGCCCAAAGGUGAUGAUGGUGCAUACACGGGUCCCUCCCUUCAAGAGGAAGUCGUGUCGUUGCAAGGUCUGGAAUUGGUAGCACAACAGGAGGCCCCUGAGCCAACACCAGAAGCAGCUGCAACAAGCCCCUCUGUCGUUCCUGAGCAGACCGAACAAAAGCCGAGUGAGAAGAAGAAGAUGGUCAAGCCAAAGUGGUUGAAAAUGUGAACAAUGUAGUAUUCUGAGAAACUAAAUGUCACCCCAAAACUUACUGUGAAUAUUAUGCUCUAUUCAAAUGCAAAUCUACAAAACUGUAUGAUCGCAUUGUGCUCUGAAAAUCUAUUGUUUGGUUAAACAUUUUGUAUUCUGGUAAAUUUGAUUGAGAUUUGAAGUUCCAAACA